AAUGGAUCUAGAGUUCUGUGUUUUGUAAUCGACACCACCGGCAGCAUGUCGGACGACAUUGCAGCAGUAAGGGAGACGACAUCGUUCAUCAUUGACAGCAAGAGAGGAACGCCAGACGAGCCCUCAGUCUACAUCUUGGUCCCCUUCAAUGACCCAGACUUUGGGCCCCUGAUGCGGACCACAGACCCAAACAUCUUUAAGGCCCAGAUCAAUGCACUGAAUGCUGAUGGAGGAGGGGAUUUCCCAGAGAUGAGUCUAUCAGGACUUCAGUUGGCUUUAACUGGUGCACCCCCCUCUUCAGAGAUCUUCCUUUUCACUGAUGCCCCCGCAAAAGACUUGAAUUUAAUGGGCACGGUGAUCGCUCUAAUAGAACGCACUAAGUCAGUGGUGAGUAGCUAGUCCUUGUUAUACUCCAUGUAACAAGCAACA